AUGAAUAAUGAUGAUAAUGAUAUUUGUCCAGAACUUGAAUAUUCAACCGAAUUAAUACAUUUUAUUCAUUAUCAUAAAUGUGAUCCAGAAAGAGAACAACUUGAACAAGAACUCGAACAAAAACAAGAUCGAGAUCAAGAUCAAGAUCAAGAACAAGAACAAGAUCAAGAUCAAAAUCAAGACCAAGACAAAGAUCAAGACCAAAAUCAAGAGCAAGACCAAGACCAAGACCAAGAUCAAGAUCAAAAACUCGAACACAAACAUGAACCAGAUCCACUAUUAGAAAAAAUAUUAAAAUCAUCCGAUAUUGAUAUACAUAAUAAAGAUAUAAGGAUAAAAAAUGUAUCCGAAUCAUCAUCAUAUUCAGCAAAAAGAAAAUCAAUAAUCGGUUCAAAAGAUUUAAGGUUUUGUGAUGAUACUGUUGAACAAACAAUACAAUUAAGUCAAGAUUUUCGUCAUGAAAAAUGUACUGGUGAUAAUUUAUGUUUACAAAUUCGUAAUAAUUUAAAUUAUUUUCUUAAAAUGUCAACCGAAGAAUGUAUGGAUGAUAAUUUAAAUUAUGAAGAAUUUUCCAAAGAAAUUCAACGAAAUUCUUGUUCACCAUCCAAUUUAUUUUCACCAUCAACAUCAACAACAUAUAUGAGAAAUAUUUGUGAAGAAUUAACAUUUUUUUAUACAUUAUUGGAUUAUAAAUAUUUUCAUGAUUGUAUUAAAAAAUGGAGAAAAGAUCUUUUUAUUGAUUAA